AUGCUUCGCCUUUUCUCUAGAACUGCUCAAUCAACUGUCAGAAGUGCAUUCAAACCCAACCAACCUCUUACCACUAUCACCAAAGCAACCAUGAGCGGAAAGGCAGAGAACCCCCAGCUGAAGAACACUGACCUCUUCGAUGUCUCCCACAUCACCGCUGUCGUUACUGGUGGCGGCACCGGCAUUGGCCUCAUGAUCACCCAGGCUCUCGUCAGCAACGGAGCCAAAGUCUACAUUACCGGUAGAAGAAAGGAGAAGCUUGACAAGGCCAUCGAGCUCUACAGCACCGGUCCUGGCAGCAUCCACGCUCUUCCUGGAGACGUCAGCGACAAGGAGGACGUCAUCCGUCUUGCCAAAGAGAUGGAGUCAAAGGAGCCAAAGGGCAUUCAAUUGCUUGUAAACAACGCGGGUAUCGCCAGAGACGACAACACCAAGUUUUCUUCCAACGGCCAGCCUGAUAUGACCGAUGCUAAGGCUAUCUCGGAGCACUUCUUGAAGACCGAGCCUGAUCAGUUCGCCGAGACCUUCAAGACUAACGUCGCUGCUGUCUACUACAUGUCCAUGGCCUUCCUGCCUCUUCUUGCCAAGGGUCGUGAGGUCACUCCUGGCUACACUUCUAGUGUUGUCAACGUCAGCUCUAUCAGUGGUGCCAUGAAGGGUUCAAGCAACGGCCAAUUCGCCUACGCUGCUUCCAAGGCUGCUGCAACCCACGUCAGCCGUAUGCUUGCAACCACAUUCAAGGACACCAAGGUCCGCUGCAAUGUCAUCGCUCCUGGUGUCUUCCCUAGCGAGAUGACCGCUGGCAGCUCAGGUGACGAUAACAAGAGCAACCUCGACAUGAAGCCCAGCAACCCCGCCGGCAGAUUUGGCUUUGAUAGCGAUAUGGCAGCCACAAUCCUCUUCCUCGCUGGACGCGGAGGAGUCUUCUACAACGAACAGAUCCUGUAUCCCGACGGCGGAAACACUUUGGUACAACCAGCGUAUAAUUAA